UGCGGUAUUUCGUCGCGCUGUCUGCGGGCGUGCGGGCGUGCGGCCGAGAUCGAGCGAGGCAUGCGUGGAGUUGCGUCGCUUGGGGGGCAGUGUGUGGGAUGGUCUUCUCCUUGCGACUGUUGCGAGGUCCUUGUGAUUGGCAACGCUGUCAGUCGGUCGGAGUGAAACCUUUUUCGGAAUUACUAUGAGGGCCUGGCGGCGCGUGCGGGCGGAAUGGAGGCGGAAGCGGUCCUGGCGAGAGGGCGCUGUGAUUCUGGCGCUCGUGCAGAUGAUCAUCUUUGUGUCCGUGCUGGCAUCGUGGACGCCGUCGGAGGACGCAGAGCUCCCGGAGGAGAAAGUGCAGAGAGUAGGAGACUUCCUUCUCUUCUUCACGACGUCCGCCGAGCCUUCCGACCAACUCUUGGAGGAAGACUCGCCGUUAAAACAAGAAGUCGAAGACGACCCUGUCAUAGGGCGCGGCUUCCAGGACGAGUAUGUCACCUACAGGAGCUUGCAAGAGGAUUUUGAUCUUGGGGAAGAGGAAGAGGAGACUCUCGAGAAGGUUGUGAAUAACACAAAGGGGAGAGAAAAACACACACUUCAAGGCAAGGAAAUAGAAAGUGAAAACAAAGUUGAUAAUUCGCUUGGUGAUAGUGUUAUUGUAGAAAUCCCUAAACUUGAUUUAGAAAAGCAUUUACCUGCAGAAAGUGAUAAGGAAUUAGAAAAGAAUAUGGAUUCCAAUAAUACAUUUCAAGCCUUGUCAACAAGUCUUGAUUAUAAAUUUAAAAGUUAUAACAUAAGCAACCCAAAAGAGUUUGUAAUAGUCGAUGAUACCAGGCAGUAUUUCCUCGAUCUCGGCGGGAGGACCUGCUUCACAGAAGGAACAGACGUGAAGAAAACGAAACUUAAAGGCAAAAAAUGCUACUGUUAUAAACAUUACUUUGGAGAGGACUGUGGGAUCCCGGAGGCAGUGUGGCAUGGAAAAUACAAGUUUUCGUAUCCAGAGACUCAUCUCCGAAGGCGCCUCGUACCCCGUAGAGUGGUUAAUGGCCUCCCAGUCAACCAUGAGUUCGCCAUGUUUGAAGCGAGGAUGCACGAGCUCUAUGACUUAGUGAACGUUUUCCUCAUCGCGGAGUCGAACUACACGGCCCACGGGGACCGGAAAGAGCUCGAAUUCUUUAAGAAAUUCCAGCGAGGUUAUAUGUCCGACUUUCAAGACAAGUUAGUUUAUAUAAACCUUGGAUUUUUCUCCGCGGAAGCCAAGGAAAGUGGCUGGAUCGCUGACGCCUACCUCAGGUACUACAUGGGGAUCAAGGGCCUUCCUCUCCUGAAGGGCCUCCGCGAAGACGACCUCUUCGUGCUCUCGGACGCCGACGAAAUCCCGUCGCGGGAGGUCAUCGCCUUCCUCAAGCUCUACGACGGCUACUCGGAACCGAUCGCCUUCGGGCUGCGCUGGAACGUCUUCAGCUUCGCCUGGAAGAUGCCCGCCGACGCCACCUUCUGGAACUGGAUCAGCGGCGAGAGGGAGAAGCUCACCGUCGUGAAUUCCGCGGCGACGAUCGGGAUGCUGCGCCGGGUCCUCCUCAACAACACCUUCUACAUCCGCAAGCAGGACGCCUGGAAGAACGAGAAGCUCACCGAGUCCCUGGAGAAGUAUCGAGAGGAGGGGCACUUGGUCAAGGACUGGGUAGCGGGCACGAUCGGGCACUACGCCGGAUGGCACUGCUCCUGGUGCUUCAGCCCGCCAAACAUAGUAAAGAAAAUGGACGCAGCUCAGGCCAACGACAAACCUCGAUGGGGGGACUAUCCUGAAAAGAAAAACCUAACUUAUAUCACUUCAAGACUUUGGAAGGGAAGAUGGUUUGACGGCAAGUUACAACUGAUAAGAGUGACCAAUUCAGACCAACGGUUCUACGCGCCCAAAUAUUUUCUGGACCACCCUGACCUAUAUCGGUCUCUCCUCUACCACCCAGGCCACGAGAGGAACUUCAAUAAGACUUGGAGACCACCUUGACUCAGCGGAAAUAGCUUUAUUGCUGUUUCGUUUUACAUAAACUUGCUGCCUUAUGUUAUCGAUAAGGCAGCAAUGAAGUAUCA